CCCUCACCUCCCACGGACCAGAUCUUGCAAAACAACGGCACCGGUAAUACAACGCACAGUUCAGCGAGGCCGCGCGGCCCCUUAACAAGCCCCAGCAGAAAACAGCGCAACGGGACAGGCUGACAGCCUACCACUCCUCCUGCGAGGUGGGCCCAUAAAGUCGGCCGGCUCUAGGACCCGGGAGAGCCGGCCGCCACACGGGCACUGCAGACAGCGCGUUCGGGAGGUGUAGUGGAAAGAAAGGCAAAGAAACGGAGUAAAUGAGAGCACUUUUGUCCAGAUUGUUGAAGGACUUAUCGACUCAAUACGCCGCCGAAACAGCUCACUAUAAUGAGACGGACACGCGGUUGAAUUCCCGUCCAGGUAACCGCCAUUGAAGGGCUUCUGUAAACCCCGGGACCUCGUCUCCAGGCUCCUGCGCAGAGCCGAGUGAAGGAAACAAAGCUGCGUCUCUCCCUGCGGGAAACCUGGAUCCUCCACCCUGCCCACCAACAUGACCAGUGUGGUGAUUGUCAAGGAGGGGUGGCUGCAUAAAAGAGGAGAAUACAUCAAGACCUGGAGGCCACGGUAUUUCCUCCUGAAGAGCGAUGGUACUUUCAUCGGCUACAAAGAGCGACCGCAAGAUGUCGACCAGCUGGAAACCCCCUUAAAUAACUUCUCUGUCGCACAGUGCCAGCUGAUGAAGACGGAACGGCCCAAGCCCAACACAUUCAUCAUCCGCUGCCUGCAGUGGACCACUGUCAUCGAGCGCACCUUCCACGUGGAGACCCCCGAGGAGAGGGAAGAAUGGACUAAAGCCAUCCAAGCCGUGGCUGAAGGCCUGCAGAAACAGGAGGAGGAGAUGAUGGACUCCUCUCCGGACCCCAUGGACAUGGAGAUCUACCUGACCAAACCCAGACAGAAAGUGACUAUGCACGACUUUGAAUACCUCAAACUUCUGGGAAAAGGCACUUUUGGCAAAGUCAUCCUGGUAAAGGAGAAGGCCACAGGACGCUACUACGCCAUGAAGAUCCUAAAAAAGGAGGUGAUCGUAGCAAAAGAUGAAGUGGCGCACACACUCACAGAGAACAGAGUCCUCCAGAAUUCAAAGCAUCCGUUCUUGACAGGGCUGAAAUACUCCUUCCAGACACACGACCGCUUGUGCUUCGUCAUGGAGUACGCCAACGGCGGGGAGCUUUUCUUCCAUCUGUCGAGGGACCGCGUGUUCUCAGAAGAGCGGGCGCGGUUCUACGGCGCAGAGAUCGUGUCGGCGCUGGACUACCUGCACGCUGAAAGAAACGUGGUCUAUCGAGAUCUAAAGCUGGAAAACCUCAUGCUGGACAAAGACGGACAUAUAAAGAUCACAGACUUUGGCUUGUGUAAGGAGGGGAUCAAAGAUGGAGCCACCAUGAAGACUUUCUGUGGGACGCCAGAGUACCUAGCACCUGAGGUGCUAGAAGACAACGACUACGGCCGCGCUGUGGACUGGUGGGGUCUCGGGGUGGUGAUGUACGAGAUGAUGUGCGGCCGACUGCCUUUCUACAACCAGGACCACGAGAAGCUGUUCGAGCUCAUCCUCAUGGAGGACAUCCGCUUUCCUCGGACUCUGGGCCCCGAGGCGCGCUCGCUGCUCUCCGGCCUUCUUAAGAAGGAGCCCACGCAGAGGUUGGGUGGAGGUUCUGAGGACGCCAAGGAAAUCAUGCAGCACAAGUUCUUCGCCGGAAUCGAAUGGCAAGACGUGUACGAGAAAAAGCUGGUCCCUCCGUUUAAGCCCCAAGUCACCUCGGAGACGGACACUCGAUAUUUCGACGAGGAGUUCACAGCACAGACCAUCACUAUUACGCCCCCCGGACAAGAUGACAGUAUGGAGUCAUUCGACAGCGAGCGGAGACCCCACUUCCCCCAGUUCUCCUACUCUGCCAGUGGGACGGCCUAACCACCACCACCACCACCACCCACCACACCCCCCCCGGGCCGCUGACUCCGCCCCACCCCGCCCGACUGCACCCUCAAAAGACCGGGGCCACAGCCCCGUCCUCCCCCGCAUCGUCUGCAGACGCCGUUGGUGGAUGCAACACUUACAAUCUGCAAGUUGUGUUUUCCAGGAAGGAGGAAAUGGGGAAACAAAAGCUGCCUGUGGUUGUUCUGUGAGGCCCUUUUUGAAGACUGACCACGGGGACACGACCCUGCAUCUCCUAGUCGUUCUGUUGUAUACUGAGCAGGCAUCCAUACACCAUGAUGAACGGGGACAUGUAGUCACGUUGUGCAUAAAUUAGGCCACUGAUGUGAAUUUUGCAUUGAAAGUAUACACGUGAAUAUGAAUCAACCAUUUCAAAAAUCGAAAUAUGAAAACUGUGGACCAAAAAUAUGUUUUGUUGUUGAGUGGGUAAUAAAUCCGUGUUUUCUCCUCUUAAGACUUGUGAGAAAUUCAAAUGCCAUUCAGACUUCGAGACGUUUCUGGCUUCUAAAGUGAAUGUACCGUAUCAAAUAAAGUCAAUCAUUCUGCAUACUUGCUUAUUGUACCACACGGGGGACCCUGCUAAGACUGAAACACCGUCUCCCAGAGGGGACUUUGCAUCACUUUUCUACUACCGUGAUGCAAAACCGACAGCCGCCUGUGUUGUUUUCAUCACCAUCCACCACAAUGAGUCUGACGAAUCGAUUGUGCAAUACGCUCUGAUGUGAGGAACGGCAGACAAACAAGAAGGAAAUGAAUCAUUUCGGGGAAACGCCGUCCUGCAAAGGAUUCCUCCCUGACUGUUUUCACAGAGAUGACCCCAGAUGCCUGUUUUAGGCUAAUAAAUAACUCCUGCCCCCUUGAAGCGCGUGCUUAUAGUUCCUGUGCAGACACAUCCUGGUUUCCUUCUGAUGGGUUGGUCCCCUGCUGACCAAUCAGAAACUCUUCUCUCCUCUGGGCUUUUCCUCCAUGUACAGUAUUGGGUGUUUUCCACCCGGUGCAUUCACCGCAGCCUCAAUGAGGUCACCUUAACGUUAUACACUUCUUUAGGAAUACUUUGCAAAACGAACCGGGCUUCAGGGGACGUGCAGAAGGAGUCGUCUUUGAUUUGCUACUUCGAGGCCCUUUUGGUCCCUUCACGCGUUUCUGAGUUAUUUAUAUGAGACCAGCAUUGACUAAAUUGAGUUUUACUGUGCCAAUGAUAUGCACUUUGCUGUCCCAAAAUGAUUGUAUUUGGAAUCUUAUUUGUUUACUUUAUGGUUGGUAAAAGACUAAAUUAGCAUCUUUUUUUAUAUUGUAAGUUCAAAUGUUGUGGAUACAAAUAAAACGAGAAUGGCUUGUGUGAAUGAUCACCCUUUUACGGACAGCUGAGGCUGAAGCGAGAUCCUUUGGAACUGAAAGUCCUAUUUUAAAGUCUACUAAGUUUCCAAAAGUGCUUCAGUCAUUUUUUUUUUUUUUUUUUAAGAUGACAUAAUCAUUUUUCAAAAUUGCAUCAUACGUUAUUGAAUGUAAUGGUUUUUAUGGUAUUGUUUUCACUUCAAAUCAUUUGCAAACCUCUUAUUCGGUUUCCGAUUGUUACUUAUUCGUAUGCACGCUCACCCUUCUGCUGUCACCUUCUGAAAAUAGGGAAAUUCAUUUUGUACUUUUUAUUUUUAUUUUUUUUAUCUCAACUUCUUUUGUACUUGCCCUCCAAUAUUCCUGAGACUGAGGACACCCGCUUUAGUAAACAAAUAAUAUAAACUUUGUACACUGUUUUUACUUGUUUCUUCCAAAUUGAUGAAAUAAAAGGUCUUAACAAAAA